GAAAGAGUGUGCAGAAAACAAAAUGAAAGGAUAAUUGGAGAAGGCAAUUUCAUUUUCAUUACUUAGCACAAAGAGGGGGAUGAAAUAAGGGUGUGGUUUUUUGGGUCACACAGCCUAGUAUUGCUUCAUAUUCGAAAGCAGACUUAUUAUGGAAAAUGUAUCAAAAAGAAACACAACAGAAGAACCGAUGGAAACGAUAUUACUGAUCGGAAAUGAAGAAUGGCUUGAAGAAACAUCACUAUGGAACCUGAGACUUUGGCACGUCAUUUUGAUAUUUUUCUCUGGGUUCUUAUCCAUCGUAAUUUGUUUAUGCUGCUGCAUACGUUUUCGAAUACCCAGGACAAAACAGGAAAUCGAGGCGGAUUACAUUCGAAAGAAGAUCACGAGAAAAUUCAAAAAAAGGCUGACCAUGAUUCACAAUACGGAAAUGGAUGAAAUGGACCUCAAAAAAGCUUUGGACCGUAUAAGAGCAGAAUUUAAAUCUGACACGGAAAGUGUGGCUCAUUCAGAAUACUCUGUCGGGAGUGUUGACUCAAAUGGCCAACCGAUUUCUAGAGCCGGUGCAUCCAGAAAAGUCAGUGACAUUGGGGUUGACAUUGAGCAACUUAUAGAGCAAAGAACAAUGGGUUCAAAAUUUGCAAGACUAAUGGGUAGCUUCAGGAAAAUUAAAGUUACAAAAAAACCACAAAACGGAGAUGAAGUUGUUGAAGGAGAAACCAAAUUUGCUUAGUGAAAUCAGUGAUUUUUAAUUUUCUUAGUGAAAUGAAAGUUUAAAAAGCAUUAAUACAAGUUUUAUACGUUUUGCUUGAUAUUUAUUUCCAAAUCAGAAACAAGUGCUUAUAAUGUUUUUAAAAGUUUUGUGAACAUGUAAGAAAACUGUGCAAACAAU